AUGGCUGAUAACGCGCAGGCACCAGGGUCCUCAAGCCAAGGUCGUGGUGGUCGUCGCCGAGGCCGUGGAGGGGCUCCCCCUCCGGCCCAAAACUCCGGGGAAGGCGCGAACAGAGGCAGAUCUCGUGGACGCGGUGGAAAGAAUUCCGGGGGACGCGACAAGCAGAAUGCCGACGGGGCUCGCAAAGAUGCGGAGCCCGUUACAACUGCGACGGUAGGCUUGAAGCAGGUCGCUGCUGCUACCGAGGAUGCGGAUGACGGAGAGGUCUGCUUUAUUUGCGCCUCCAAGGUGGAACACACCUCGGUCUCCCCCUGCAACCACCGAACGUGUCAUAUUUGUGCUCUCCGCCUUCGUGCGCUAUACAAGAGCAAGAGUUGUGCUCAUUGUAGGACCGAGUCUGCCUUUGUGGUAUUCACCGACGAUCCUGUGCGCCGCUUCGAGGACUUCCAGAAAAAGGACUUUGCUCGGACCGAUGACAACCUAGGCAUCCAGUAUGAGAAGGAUGAUAUAUUCGAGGACACCGUUUUGCUGCUUCGGUACAACUGUCCUGAUGAGGAUUGUGACGUUGCCUGUCUAGGUUGGCCGGACUUGCAUCGCCAUGUGAAGAGCAAGCAUGGGAAGGUGAUGUGUGAUCUUUGUACACGAAACAAAAAAGUCUUCACCCACGAACACACCCUCUUUACGCACGCGGAGUUGCGAAAGCACGAAAAGUACGGUGAUGAUCAGCCCGGUGCCAUCAACCAGAGCGGUUUCAAAGGACAUCCCGAGUGUGGUUUCUGUCGACAACGCUUUUACGGUGACGACGAGCUGUACACCCAUUGUCGUGAGAAGCAUGAACGUUGCCAUAUCUGUGACCGCCGAUCCAACAACCGCCAACAACAGUACUACAUGGAUUACCAAGCCCUUGAGGGUCAUUUCCAGAAGGAUCAUUUCCUCUGUCUGAAUCAAGAUUGUCUAGACAAGAAGUUUGUGGUGUUUGAGUCACAAAUGGACCUGAAGGGUCAUCAGCUGGAGGAGCACCCCAACGACACAUCAAAAGAUAUCCGACGAGACGCCCGGAUGGUAGAUCUCAGGGAAUUUGAUAAUAUGCGCAGUCCAUACCAGCAGCAGCAACAACGUCGUGGUGCUGGUCGGGGCCGUGACCCCAAUGCUGAGCCAUUGCCCCCAUCUAGCGCUCAACCUAUGCGGCGAGAUCAACUCGCCUACCAGCGACAGAUGGCCAUCCAAAGUUCUCAGUCGGUCACUCAGCGUAGCUUUGGAGGUGCGCUAUCUCGCGACGAGACCCAGCCUGUCCAAGCCCCGGCCCGAUCAGCCGCUGCUACUCCAUUGCAGUCUGGAUCAAGAACACCCCAGCCGCCAACUGAGGGACUUAACGGUCUCAGCCUUGCUCCUAGCUCACAGCCACUUGGUCCCGAAGAUCAAGCUCGUCGGUUACGACACACCGCUGUUGUUGAGCGAGCAUCAAAUCUCUUGCGCAAUGAUGCAAAUAAGUUGACAGAAUUCCGCAACAGAGUCUCCAGCUAUCGCACAUCGUCCAUAUCUGCCACCGAACUAAUUGACGCAUUCUUCUCUUUAUUCGAUACAUCCAGCUCUGAGCUCGGUAAGCUGAUCAAAGAGCUGGCUGAGAUCUAUGAGGACAACUCCAAGCGCGUCAACCUGCUCCAGGCCUGGAACGAUUGGCGUGCCAUCAACGAGGACUACCCUGCCCUACCGGGUCCUGGCGGCCUCUUGCCGGGCAUGUCACCCAACACCGUCAACGCCGCCGGCGGCCGUGUCCUGCGCUUGAAGUCAUCCACUGCUCAAUCCUCUCGUUCAGCCGUUGGCAGAAGCGGCGCCCUUUCAUCUUCAGCAUCCUCCUCUUCAUCAAACCCCUUCCCACCUCUCUCGGCCGCUGCUGGCUCUUCUCGUCGUUCCGGUGCACAAUCCGCCACUCCUUGGGCUGCAGCCGGUCCCGCACCCUCAUUCUCACGCCCAUCAAUUAACAUUGCCUCUAACCGACCUUCGGCUGCGACAUCCUCUAGCUCCAGCCGUCCCGCUCGCCCUGCUCCCAGCGGUGGUGAUGCGUUCCCUGCUUUGCCUGUUGCUGUUAAACCGAACGUCUUGAUGGCUGGCAAGACCCGGGGUUACGUUCGCUGGGAUGACCGCCGCGGACCGGCGCCAGACGCCUGGACUUCUAAUCCUUCAUCCGGUGUCGCCUCCCCCGCUGAACCGGCGGAUUUCGAUGAUUCCGGUGAAGGCAAGAAGGGUAAGAAAAAUAAGAAGGGGAAGCAGACCUUGUUCCACUUUGGUUAA